AUGGACUCAACAGCAAGAGAAUUGGCCAGAUUACAUCUCGGGCGACCCUCACCUCCGAGACGGGACGCCAAUCUCCCACGAGGACUGCUCGGGCUUCCGAGCAAGCUUGUAAACAAGAUUUUGGACGACGUCCCAACAGAGUCAGCCGCUUCAUUCGCCUUGAGUUGCAAAACACUACACGCUUUCAUAUCGGGGCCGGCCCAAAUCCUCAGCCGGGACCGGGAGGCCCGACUUAGGUUCCUGGCGUUGAUCGAGCCGGAACACCCAGAACUAUCUGCGUGCCUCGACUGCGCACGACUCCAUCAGCGACAACGCCCCUCACUGUCCGGACCCAUCUUCGCCCACAAUUUUUGCCUGGCCAGGUACUACCAGUGGCGGGCCCGAAGUCCCCGCCUACCCGCAUCGAUUCUCUUCACGAAUUACUACACUGCCCGCCACAUUCUGAACAGCCUCUCCUCCGGAACUCUGUCUUCCCCGUCCUUCCCGAAGGCGGAUCAGAUCUGGGACAGGGCUGUGCUUGAUUUUGGAGGCGUGGUCGAAACACAUUCAUAUCGCACCAAGCUGAUCGACGACGACAUUUAUCUCCACAGCACCAUCACCGUCCGCCAUCCCGACGGCGACGAGAAUGCGUUACGUGAAUAUGUAGACGGCCACUGGAACUACCUCGUCUGCGAACACAUCGACGCCACCGAAGAGAAAGUCGACCAGAUUUUGCCCCCUGUCCUCUCAAAUCUAGAACGAGAAUUUUCUUGGACCUUGUCGCCUUAUCUCUUUUGGGACAUUUUUGGCAGUAUGAGGUCCUGUAGGAAGUGCUGUACAGACUUCCAGGCCAAGGUCGCGCUAGAAAAUCUACCACUCGGCGGCUACAGGGACAAGUCGACGAACGGUGUCCGUCCGAGUGGGAAGAAAAGGUACUGGGCCAUAACCGCAACUCGGUGGUGUCGACUUGGCCAGGAGCCAGAGGUCCAGUCUCCUUUAGAUCCCGACAUGAGAAGGGAGAAUGCAAUCUGGAGGAUACCGCUGCGGAAGCACCCGUUGGAAACUGAGCAACCAGCAUAA